AUGAAAGCCCAAACAAGAAUAAGCAGAAUCUACAACACUUACAAAGAAGCAAAAAGGGCAAAAAGAUGGGAUGCCGACAGAGAAUGCUAUCUUGAUCCACAAGGAAAUAUCGCAGUGAAUCCUGAUUCCAUUAGUGUUGAUGCACUUAUUCAGCAAUUCGCUGAAGAAGAAGAAGAAGAAGCCAGACAGAAAGAAUGGUGGGGAGGCGGUGAAGAGAAAGUGGAAGAAAAAGAAGAAAAAGUGAAGAUGGCAGAAAAGAUGCAGCAGACAAAGAAGAUUGAUGAUGGUACUAUUACUUACCUUAACAACAAAAAGGUUGAAGAUCUCACAAAAAGAGUUAGAGAGGUUGAGAAUCAGAUCUUAAACCGGGAUAAAAUGUUAAAAGCUUCAAACGAUCGUGCAAAAGCGUUAACUGAAAAAAUUGGAAAAAUUGAUCUGUCUGAGGUGAAAAGCUUGAAACAAACAAAGAGGAAAAUGAACUUUGAAAAAGAUAAACCUUACUACACAAAACCUGUUGUACCUUCGCAUGCUCAUAACAAAAAUCAAAACAGAUGGCCGAAUGGUUAUCAGGGGGGUAAGAAUUAUCCAAGAAAGAAUGGUCAAAACAAACGAUCUGUUGAGAAGAAAGUAUUUGUGAAAGGUUCCAGUUCGAGUUCACUUUCUGAAGAAGAACCUAAAAUCUUUUCAAAAUCAAACAAAGAAUUCUUUGAGGAAAAGAAGCCUAAGACUGAAGUUGUUGAGAGUCUGAAAAAGAAAGAUGAUGUGAAAGGGAAAACACCAAUGUUUGUUGAGAAAAAUGUUUUGAAAAAUGAAAACGCAAAAUUCAAAACUGAACCUACUAAAAAUGACAGAUUUUACAAAAGAGUUGCCUCAUCUCAACAAAUUUGGAAGCCAAAAGGUGAUGAGCCGAAAGCAAGAUCUUCAAAACCAAAGGUUUCUGAGACUGAAAAAUCAUCAUCUUCGACCAAGAAGAUGUAUGUACCUUUGGAUUUGUUUGAGAAACUGCAGAAACAAAAAUCAACUUCUGAAAAGAAGUAUGUGGUGAAGAAAGACCAAUAA